GUCCCCCAUCCGCCCUAACCCCUGGCCCCCGGCCGAGGACCGAAGCUGGGACCCACGGGCCGCGUUGCGUCGGUGGGAACCUCCGUGGUUCCCAGGCCCGGGCGCGCGGGGUCCUGCCACUCAGCGCCGACUCAUGGAACAAUGAAAGGUGACGUGUUGGAGGGGAAACUUUGCGACUGGUUCAAAGCUCGCGUGGGGGAAGCUGAGACUGCUGAGGUUACGCGGGUUUCUUUCCCUUUUUAGGUUUCCCUGGCGAGUCGUCCGGGGGCGGGCAGGCCCCUGAGAAUGCGCGAUUCCGGGCCUCGUCGCUCGUUUCUUCCUGUGCCCGGAGCUCCCGAGGGCCUGUGGCCGCGCUCGCUCGUGCGGCGCGCGGGCCGGUCUCAGCCGGGCUGGGGAAGUCACCAGAACAAAAGCUACUUGAUUUCCUCCUCGGGCUCCUCCCUCUGCCCGCGUCCUCCUCCCCCGAUCUAAAACUACCUGGGAGGGGGAGAGCCUUCCCAGUCGGCUCUGGAAGUACUCAAGGAGUCGGUCCCGCCCAUUGUCUGUCUUACAAAAGUCUGUGAAAAUCUUUUCAAGUUUCCUUAAAACAGCGGCACCUUCAACUCAGUUACACAGCCCGGGCUUUGGUGAGACUGGUUCGUGAGCAUCGUGUGUCCUCUUAAAAAGCUGAGCAGGCCAAAGAUCUCCUAAAAUGGCUUAAAAUCAAGCAGAAAAAAGGUUCGAUGGGGAAACCCCCUAAGUCUUUUUGCGCCCAGUUUCCGAUUCUCGCUUUAAGAUUGCUUCUUGCACGGGCCACCUAGCGCACGUUAGUGACUUGGGUGUUAAGUUCGAUUCCUGUUGUCUCUCCUGGGGAGAGUCUCUGAUCAGGAACCUUGUUAGGUUAGGUUUGCUUUUUCCUAACUGUGUACUUAGUUUUGCUUCUAGUCUCUUCUAGAUUUUUAAAAUCCAGCUCCACGGCCGGUCACUCUCUGUCCCCUCCUCCCCCAUCUCGAUGUUACAGAGCUAUUCAGAAAAGAAAGUGCAGAAGCAAGAUUGCUCCUUAGUGCUGUGAGAUCCUCAGGCCAUCUUGUGGCUUUCUAAACAGCAUUUCCUUGUGUGCGGAUAGAGUAAAAGAAGCUUGUGAUCUGACCCCCCCUCCCCCCACCACAUUUUUAAAGUGUAAGCAAAGCACGACGUUUGGAAACAAGUCUCAACCGGGAGACUUUUCAAAAGCUCUGUUACAAUAGGAAAUGAGUAACGAGGAAAAAAGUCUUUUUGUUUUUCCAAGUUGAGCCACAGUCAGGAGGGAGAGUUUUAAUGAAAACAGUCCUGACAGCAGCAAACGUGGUUUUACUGCAGUGAAAUAUCAGCUGGCGGAGCCAAGGAACUGAAGUCUUAACUUCCUGUUACUUCAGCUUUUGUGCACAUAUUGGAAAUAUUUGUUAGGGGCCUGGCAUUCAUUUAUUUAAAUGAACUGAGAACAGAGUAAAGUCGCGCUGCAGUUUGGUGUUGCUUAACUGAAACCUGCUUUUGUGUGUCACUAACCUAUUCUGAAAGAUCAAGCCUCUUGUCAGACUAGGCAAGCAGAUCAAAGGGCAGGCUUUAGGGGUUUUUUUGUUUGUUUGUUUCAAACUGUUUGCUAUUACCAACUUACAGUUGGGGAUUCACUGUUCCAUGAGCAAAUUUUCACACUUUUUCUAGAUUAAAAAAAAAAAAAGGAGGCGGUAAUAGCCUUGAGAAGAAUGUCUGGCUUUUCAGAUGUUGGAGAGUUUAAAACAAAUCGCUUUAUUCAAAUUUGCUUUAGUCAUUCAAUUAACUUCACACGUUUGAAAAGUUAGAUUUCUUUAAUUAUCCAAGCCAAUGUGAAACGGGAACUCAUUUGUAAUUUCUUAAAGUUUUUUUAGUAAAUGAAUUCUUCAUCCCAAUUUCAUUCAAUAUGGGUUUUGAAAGUUUCUCAUCUUCUCAAUAGCGAAAUUAGUUUCAGUUUUAAAUGUACCCUUUUAAAAAACUUUUUAAAAAAUGAAAUCUUCAGGGAAGGGAAAUUUCAAAUAUGUGGCAGUUAAAACUUAGGAUUCUUGUGCGGUUUAAUUGUGGCUCUUUGUUAAGCCUCGAGCUAAAGUGAAUUUGCAAGAUCAUCCACCUCUUUGUUAGAACUUGCUUUAUUUUGUUUUUGGAGGGUACUGCCUUUUCUUCUGUAGGAAUGCCCUCCAGCACCUUCUGCCCCCUGCAGUCCAAAACUACAAAUGUGUCACCAAGUCAAGUCAGUCAAUUAAAAAGGUGUCGUUGCAGUGUCCGGCAGUGAGACUGAGGAUGAGGACAGCAUGGACAUUCCCCUGGACCUUUCUUCCUCAGCUGGUUCAGGCAAGAGAAGGCGAAGGGGCAACCUGCCCAAGGAGUCCGUGCAGAUCCUCCGGGAUUGGUUGUAUGAGCACCGGUACAAUGCCUAUCCCUCGGAGCAAGAAAAGGCUUUGCUGUCCCAGCAGACACACCUGUCUACACUACAGGUCUGUAACUGGUUCAUCAACGCCCGCCGCAGGCUCCUCCCGGACAUGCUGAGAAAGGAUGGCAAAGAUCCAAAUCAGUUCACAAUUUCCCGCCGUGGGGCCAAGAUUUCUGAAACCAGCUCUGUGGAGUCAGUAAUGGGCAUCAAAAACUUCAUGCCGGCUCUCGAAGAGACCCCAUUUCAUUCCUGUAUAGCUGGGCCAAACCCAACCCUAGGGAGACCACUGUCUCCUAAGCCAGCGUCCCCAGGAUCAAUUUUGGCUCGUCCAUCAGUGAUCUGCCAUACCACUGUGACUGCAUUGAAAGAUGUCCCUUUCUCUCUCUGCCAGUCGGUCGGUGUGGGACAAAACACAGACAUACAGCAGAUAGCAGCCAGCAACUUGACAGACACCUCUCUCACGUACCCUGAGGACACGUGUAAAUCGGGACCAAGUACAAACACACAAAGUGGUCUUUUCAACACUCCUCCCCCUACUCCACCGGACCUCAACCAGGAUUUUAGUGGAUUUCAGCUUCUAGUGGAUGUUGCACUCAAACGGGCUGCGGAGAUGGAGCUUCAGGCAAAACUUACGGCUUAACCCUUUGUCGAGCAAAACAGUUCUCAGAAAUGUCAUGAUUGCCGGGGUGAUGGCAAGAGAUGAAUUGCAUUAUUUUAUAUAUUUUUUUAUUAAUAUUUGCACAUGGGAUUGCUAAAAUGAAGCUUCCUGUUACUGAGAUGUCUUCAAUGGAAUACAGUCAUUCCAAGAACUGUAAACUCAAAGCUACUGUAGAAACAAAGGGUUUUCUUUUUUAAAUGUUUCUUGGUAGAUUAUUCAUAAUGUGAGAUGGUUCCCAACAUCAUGUGAUUUUUUUUUCCCUCCCCUUCCCCUUUUUUGUUGGUGUUUUUUUCAGACUGUGCAAUACUUAGAGAACCUAUAGCAUCUUCUCAUUCCCAUGUGGAACAGGAUGCCCACAUACUGUCUAAUUAAUAAAUUUUCAAUUUUUUUUUCAAACAGGUUUGAAUCUAGUUGAUUGAUGCCUUUUUUUCAUGACAUAAUAAAGUAUUUUCUUUAAAA